GAUGAAUCUGCCUUGUCCGUGCACAGAAAGCUUCAAGAAUAUUGACCAGCUUCCAGCCUGCAUACUAUCCAUCUGGUAUCACGAAAGAGAGCUCACUGCUGAGCUGCCCUAGAUAAACUGCAGCCAUGUCGUCGGAUGCUGAGAUGGCCGUCUAUGGGGUGGCAGCGCCUUUCCUCCGAAAGACAGAGAAGGAGAGAAUUGAGGACCAGAACAAGCCUUUCGAUGCUAAGACAUCGGUCUUUGUGGUGCAUUCCAAGGAAUCCUUUGUGAAAAGCGUAAUCCAGAGCAGGGAAGGAGGGAAGGUCACAGUCAAGACUGACAAAGGAGAAUCUUUGACUGUUAAGGAAGAUCAAGUCUUCCCCAUGAACCCUCCCAAAUAUGAUAAAAUCGAGGACAUGGCAAUGAUGACCCAUCUCCAUGAACCUGCCGUCCUGUAUAACCUCAAAGAGCGUUAUGCAGCCUGGAUGAUCUAUACCUACUCUGGUCUCUUCUGUGUCACUGUCAACCCCUACAAGUGGCUGCCAGUGUACAACCCAGAAGUUGUGAAUGCCUACAGGGGCAAAAAGCGUCAAGAGGCCCCUCCCCACAUCUUCUCCAUCUCUGACAACGCCUAUCAGUUCAUGUUAACCGAUCGGGAGAAUCAGUCGAUCCUCAUCACCGGAGAAUCCGGUGCUGGAAAGACUGUGAACACAAAGCGUGUCAUCCAGUACUUUGCAACAAUUGCAGUUUCUGGGGAGAAGAAGAAGGAAGAGCCAGGCAAAAUGCAUGGGACCCUUGAAGAUCAAAUCAUCAGUGCCAAUCCCCUGCUGGAGGCCUUUGGGAAUGCCAAGACCGUGAGGAACGACAACUCCUCUCGUUUUGGUAAAUUCAUCAGAAUCCACUUUGGUACCACAGGGAAACUGGCUUCAGCUGACAUUGAAACAUAUCUGCUGGAGAAAUCUAGAGUCACUUUCCAGCUCAAGGCGGAAAGAAGCUACCACAUAUUUUAUCAGAUCAUGUCCAACAAGAAGCCAGAAUUAAUUGAGAUGCUUCUGAUUACCACCAACCCAUAUGACUUCCCCUUUGUGAGUCAAGGUGAGAUCACUGUAGCCAGCAUAGAUGACCAGGAAGAGCUGAUUGCCACAGAUAGCGCCAUUGACAUAUUGGGUUUCAGUGCUGAGGAAAAAACAGCCAUUUACAAGCUGACAGGGGCAGUCAUGCAUUAUGGGAACCUGAAAUUCAAGCAGAAGCAACGUGAAGAGCAGGCAGAACCAGAUGGCACAGAAGUGGCUGACAAAGCUGCCUACCUGAUGAAUCUGAACUCAGCUGACCUGCUCAAAGCCUUGUGUUACCCCCGAGUCAAGGUUGGGAAUGAAUAUGUGACCAAAGGUCAAACCGUGCAGCAGGUCCACAAUUCGGUGGGUGCUCUGGCAAAGGCGGUCUAUGAGAAGAUGUUCCUGUGGAUGGUUGUUCGUAUCAACCAGCAGCUGGAUACCAAGCAGCCCAGACAGUACUUCAUUGGUGUCCUGGACAUUGCUGGCUUUGAGAUCUUUGAUUACAACAGCCUGGAGCAGCUGUGCAUCAACUUCACUAAUGAGAAACUGCAACAGUUUUUCAACCACCACAUGUUCGUGUUGGAGCAGGAGGAGUACAAGAAGGAAGGAAUCGAAUGGGAGUUCAUUGACUUUGGGAUGGACCUGGCUGCCUGCAUUGAGCUCAUUGAGAAGCCAAUGGGUAUUUUCUCCAUCCUGGAAGAGGAGUGCAUGUUCCCCAAGGCGACUGAUGCAUCUUUCAAGAACAAGCUCUAUGACCAGCAUCUUGGCAAGUCCAACAACUUCCAGAAGCCCAAGCCUGCCAAAGGAAAGGCUGAGGCCCACUUCGCCCUGGUGCACUAUGCUGGCACUGUGGACUACAACAUCACUGGCUGGCUCGAGAAGAACAAGGAUCCUCUGAAUGAAACUGUCAUUGGGUUGUACCAGAAAUCGUCAAUGAAAACACUGGCUUUGCUCUUUGCCGCGUAUGGUGGAGAUGCAGAGGGUGGUGGCAAGAAGGGAGGCAAGAAGAAGGGUUCUUCUUUCCAGACCGUCUCUGCUCUUUUCAGGGAGAAUUUAAACAAGCUGAUGAGCAAUCUGAGAAGCACUCAUCCUCACUUUGUGCGAUGCCUCAUUCCCAAUGAAACGAAGACACCCGGUGCCAUGGAACAUGAUCUCGUACUGCACCAGCUAAGGUGUAACGGCGUGCUGGAAGGGAUCCGAAUUUGCAGGAAAGGAUUCCCCAGCAGAGUCAUUUACGCAGACUUUAAACAGAGAUACAGGAUUUUAAAUGCAAGCGCCGUUCCAGAAGGACAAUUUAUGGACAGCAAGAAGGCUUCUGAGAAACUACUUGGGUCCAUUGAUAUUGAUCAGACCCAGUAUAAAUUUGGUCACACCAAGGUGUUCUUCAAAGCAGGACUUCUGGGUCUUCUAGAGGAGAUGAGAGAUGAUAAACUGGCACAGCUUAUCACCCGCACACAAGCCAUGUGUCGUGGCUUCCUGAUGAGAGUGGAGUUCCAGAAAAUGAUGCAAAGAAGAGAGUCCAUCUUCUGUAUCCAAUACAACGUUCGCUCGUUCAUGAAUGUCAAGCACUGGCCCUGGAUGAAGCUGUACUUCAAGAUCAAGCCCUUGCUGAAGAGUGCUGAAUCUGAGAAGGAGAUGGCCAACAUGAAGGAAGAGUUUGAGAAAACGAAAGAGGAGCUUGCUAAGUCUGAGGCAAAAAGGAAAGAACUGGAGGAAAAAAUGGUGACCCUGCUGCAAGAGAAAAAUGACCUGCAGCUCCAAGUACAGUCUGAAUCUGAUGGCUUGGCUGAUGCUGAGGAAAGAUGUGACCAGCUGAUCAAAACCAAAAUUCAACUUGAAGCUAAAAUUAAGGAGGUGACUGAAAGAGCAGAGGAUGAGGAGGAGAUGAAUGCUGAGCUGACAGCCAAAAAGAGGAAACUGGAGGACGAGUGUAGANAAGCGCGUAAUGCAGAAGAGAAGGCCAAGAAGGCAAUCACUGAUGCAGCCAUGAUGGCGGAGGAGCUGAAGAAGGAGCAGGACACCAGCGCCCACCUUGAGAGGAUGAAGAAGAACCUGGACCAGACGGUGAAGGAUCUGCAGCUCCGUCUGGAUGAGGCAGAGCAGCUGGCACUGAAGGGUGGCAAGAAGCAUAUCCAAAAAUUGGAGGCCAGAGUGCGUGAGCUGGAAGGUGAGGUUGACAAUGAGCAGAAACGCAGCGCUGAUGCUAUCAAGGGUAUGCGCAAGUAUGAGAGAAGAGUAAAGGAACUGUCCUAUCAGACUGAGGAAGAUCGCAAGAAUGUUUUCAGGCUCCAGGAUCUGGUAGACAAACUACAACUGAAAGUGAAAGCUUACAAGAGACAAGCUGAGGAGGCUGAGGAACUAUCCAAUGUCAACCUCACCAAGUUCCGCAAGAUCCAGCAUGAGCUGGAAGAGGCUGAGGAGCGGGCUGACAUUGCGGAGUCCCAGGUCAAUAAGCUCCGGGUGAAGAGCCGCGAGGUUCAUAAGAAAAUUGAAGGAGAAGAGUGAGGAUGUCUCCAUGCUGCAAAGUGACUGAGAAAUGCACAAAAUGUGAAAAUCUCUGUCACUUCGCUUUGUAAUUAUUGUUUAUUCUGUCCUCAGUGUCUAGGAAAUAAAGAUUGUAGAGCGCUUUGCAUACAAAGA